AUGAACUCGGGACAUCAUUCCCUCAGCCAACUCAGACCCAUCUACGGUCCAGUUCCGAACUUGGCAGCAUUUGUGCGCCUCCACAAGAAGGAUCUUGAAUCUGGAAAUCGUGGCCCAUUCCCUCUGUUUGAUGCAUCUCAAGAUAUGCUGGUCAUAUCACCCAUCCACGCUAUAGAUACUUCCGAGCCACCCACCGACGCUGAAGACAUGGAUACUUCUGACCCCGAACAACCAGAAGUUCCUGAACCAUUCACUCAACUUACUUUGGAAACCGUGGACAGUGUUGGUCACUGGCGGCGCCGGUAUCCUCUUCUUGUUCCAGACUUGCCUGCCACCGGCCAUCUGGCCAACAUCACCUCUGUAGCCAUCUACUGGAAGCCGGAGAUGGACGAUGCUGUCGUCUGCCGUCAGAUUCAGUGGCUUUGGGAUGGCGAUGCGUGCCCUGAACUCGAGACAAUCUACAUUGAUAUCAGCCUGAAAUCCAAGAGGGCUUAA